ACCCCUCACGCAUCUCUACCCGUUGAUCUAUCUCUUAUCCUGAAUUCAAUUGCUCGAACUGAAGCAAAGUUCAUCUCUCCCAUUACAGUUUCACCCAACCGAGACGCACUGAGUCUGAGACACCGUUUCCUCUCUCUACUGGGCAUAAACAGGGUUUCGAAGCGACGUUGAAGGUUUGUGAUGGACAAUGAGGUUGAGGUUUUCGAUGGUUAUGGUGAGGGACAGAGGAAGAGAGUGGACGUCGGGGUGCCCGAGGAGAGCAUGGUCCGGUCUGAUAAGCUGAAGGAUUUGGAAGGUGAGGAGGUUUUUGAGGAGGCAAUAGACCCACAAGAGCAUUUCCGUUAUCAGGAGGAUGAUGUUAUUGGUAAGGGCAACGAUGCUGCCACAGUUAGUGCUUUGCCUUCGACUUUGGUUCAUGAAACCCCUGAUACUGCAGAGGAGCCGGAUAACUUUGAGGAGGCAAUUGGGGUUGCUGAUGAGUCGUCCGGCAAGCACCCGGAGGAGGAGGUUGAAGUAAUUGCUAACCAGGAGGUGGAUAAGGAUGAGCAUGGGCAGCUCGGUAGCAUUCAUCUAGAUGGAGUUGAUUCUGGAGGGACCGGGGAUGGAGUAGCAUGUGAUGAAUCCUACAGUAUGAGGGAUGAUGGGUUGGAAAGUAGUGAUUGUAAUGGUGUAAAGGAAGUAUCUGAUUUAAACACUGAUGGAAACUUGGUAUUUCUGGAGAACAGAGACGGGGUGGAUGUAAACUCCAGUUUAUCAAGUGAGAAGGCUGAAAAUGAGGAUCCUGAAUACGUAACCCCUAGACAAAAUGGUGAUAAAAUCCUCGAAAAUGGAAGCACAGACAAGGUGGAUUAUGUUGUUGCUGAGUCUCGUUCGGAAUCUGAAUUCAAUGGGGAGAUGCCAAACCAGGGUGCUGAUUCUAGGGAGUUGAAGGAGGGUGCUUUCGAACCUGAAUUCAGAGGUCACAAAACGUUGGAACAGUUGAAUGCUUCAGGUGAUCCUCAUAGUGAAAAUCAAGAUGAUACAGGUGAAGAAAUACACGAACAUUCAGCUCAUAGGGAUUUAGAACUUGAAGGUGAAAUAAUUAUGGAUGUGAAAAAUGAGAUCCUUGGCACUGAUAUAAUCAGCGAGGAUAGAAAUGGUGAAGAAAGAAUAUCUGAUAGUCAGAGUUCUAAAUGCAAAGAUAAUAGAAAUGAUGAAACUAAGGAUGCUAAAGCCAGAUCAGAUUCAGAACAUCUGGAAGCAAUUGGUGAAAUAGGAGGUGCUUCUCCUGACCCACAUGAAACUGAGGAGGAAAGGGAAUUGAGACAAACUGCUGGAAGCUCAUCCUGUUUGGAAAAUUCUACUGCUGAUGAGAUACCAACUGUUCAGGGUAGUGGAGCUGAUUUAAAAGAAGGAAGUACUAAGGAUUAUCAGUCUCAGAUUUCCAAUGAAAAUAAUCAUGGACAUCAUGAAAACUUGUCUGUGGUUGGGGAACAUGAAAAGAUACUAGAGAAUAAUGAACAAGAGAAGGUUACCACUCAGAUCGCUAAAGAACAGAACAGCGAGCGUGCUUCCUUAUCUGGAAAAUCCAUUGCUACUGGGCCCCCUCCUGUUCGUCCUGCUGGCCUUGGACGUGCAGCCCCAUUAUUGGAACCAACUCCUCGGGUAGUGCAGCAGCCUCGUGUGAAUGUUACUGUAUCUAAUGUGCAGUCCCCACAAAUGGAAGACUCCUUGAAUGGGGAGGCGGAGGAGUAUGAUGAGACUCGUGAGAAACUUCAGAUGAUUAGGGUGAAGUUUUUGCGGCUAGCUCAUAGGCUUGGGCAGACACCCCACAAUGUUGUUGUAGCACAAGUUUUGUAUAGACUAGGACUGGCUGAACAACUCAGAGGGAGGAAUGGGGGUCGCGUUGGUGCUUUUAGCUUUGAUCGUGCAAGCGCAAUGGCUGAGCAACUCGAAGCAGCAGGUCAGGAACCGCUUGAUUUCUCUUGUACAAUAAUGGUUCUUGGAAAGACAGGUGUUGGAAAAAGUGCAACUAUCAAUUCUAUAUUUGACGAGGUUAAGUUCAAUACUGAUGCUUUUCAUACGGGAACAAAAAAGGUUCAGGAUGUUGUGGGAACAGUGCAGGGAAUUAAAGUACGGGUCAUUGAUACACCAGGACUUCUACCUUCCUGGUCAGACCAGCGACAUAAUGAGAAGAUCCUGCACUCUGUCAAGCAAUUUAUUAAAAAAACACCACCUGAUAUUGUGCUGUAUCUUGAUAGGUUAGAUAUGCAGAGCCGAGACUUUAGUGAUAUGCCACUCUUACGCACAAUUACUGAGAUUUUUGGACCAUCCAUAUGGUUCAAUGCUAUUGUGGUUCUGACUCAUGCAGCAUCUGCUCCACCUGAUGGCCCUAAUGGUACUGCUUCCAGUUAUGAGAUGUUUGUUACUCAGCGCUCUCAUGUCGUGCAGCAAGCCAUUCGGCAAGCAGCUGGAGAUAUGCGUCUCAUGAAUCCUGUAUCACUGGUGGAGAACCACUCUGCAUGCAGAAUAAAUAGGGCUGGGCAGAGAGUGUUGCCUAAUGGCCAGGUUUGGAAACCUCAUCUGUUACUCCUUUUUGCAUCAAAAAUUCUGGCCGAAGCAAAUGCUCUACUUAAGUUACAAGAUAGCCCACCUGGAAAGCCUUACACAGCUCGAGCUAGAGCGCCACCAUUGCCAUUUCUUUUGUCAUCCCUUCUGCAGUCAAGGCCGCAAUUAAAGUUGCCAGAGGAGCAGUUUGGCGAUGAGGACGGUCUUGAUGACGACCUUGAUGAAUCAUCAGAUUCUGAUGAUGAAACAGAGCCUGAUGACUUGCCUCCAUUUAAACCAUUAACAAAGGCUCAGGUGGAAAAGCUGUCUAGAGCUCAGAAGAAAGCAUAUUUUGAUGAGAUAGAGUACCGAGAAAAACUUUUUAUGAAGAAACAAUUGAAGGAAGACAAAAAGCAACGGAAGAUGAUGAAGAAAAUGGCAGAAUCAGCAAAAGAUCUGCCAAGUGACUAUAGUGAAAACGCGGAAGAAGAAAGUGGUGGUGCAGCUUCUGUUCCUGUUCCAAUGCCAGAUUUGGCCUUGCCUGCUUCGUUUGAUUCUGAUAAUCCCACUCACCGGUAUCGUUAUCUUGAUUCAUCCAACCAGUGGCUUGUAAGACCUGUCCUAGAAACUCAUGGGUGGGAUCAUGAUGUGGGUUAUGAAGGGUUAAAUGUAGAAAGAUUGUUUGUUCUUAAAGACAAGAUACCCUUGUCUUUUAGUGGUCAGGUUACUAAGGAUAAAAAGGAUGCUAAUGUUCAGAUGGAAAUAGCCAGUUCAGUUAAGCAUGGAGAAGGGAAAGCGACUUCGUUAGGUUUUGAUAUGCAGACUGUUGGGAAGGAUUUAGCUUAUACAUUACGCAGUGAAACAAAAUUUUGUAAUUUUAGGAGAAAUAAGGCAACUGCUGGUCUCUCAUUUACUGUCCUGGGUGAUGCCUUGUCAGCUGGAGUUAAAGUUGAAGACAAGUUGGUUGCUAAUAAACGAUUCAAGUUGGUUAUUGCUGGCGGUGCAAUGGCAGGGCGCGGUGAUGUUGCUUAUGGUGGCAGUUUGGAGGCCCAAUUAAGAGAUAAAGAUUACCCUCUAGGACAGUCGUUAUCAACACUUGGGCUUUCCGUUAUGGAUUGGCAUGGAGAUCUUGCUGUUGGGUGCAAUUUACAAUCACAAAUCCCCGUUGGGCGGCAUACAAACCUUGUUGCCAGGGCCAAUUUGAACAACCGAGGCGCUGGACAAAUCAGCAUUCGAUUAAAUAGUUCAGAACAGCUUCAAAUUGUUAUGAUUGGUCUCGUCCCUCUACUUAAGAAGCUAGUUGGUUGUACUCAACAGUUGCAGUUUGGACAAUGACAUUGGUGUUAAUGUUUGGUUACGUAAGCUGCAGUUCUUGCACGGUGGGAGGUAAUUGCUUUAAGAUGGCUUCCCUCGCUGGUUGCCAUGAAAUGAGAAUGAUAUUAAAUUGCGUUUUUAUGUUUUCUAUACCUAAAAAUAUCUAUUUUUUGAUUAUAGUCGUUGUAGUUUCCCUUGUUAGAUAUUCUCGCUUGGUAUUUUUGUUACUUUAUGCUACUGGACUCCAUGUAAUGCAUCUUUUUGAUUUAUAUCUUCCUAGUUGUGUCUUGCCUUGCACACUGUCGGAAGCACUUUCUCUCUUUCGUUAAUUUUUGUUGUCUCGGGGUUAGGAUUUUUUUAUGUACUUUUAAGGGCAGUCGAAUUCGCAACUUAUCUUAUCGGGAAACGGUUUGGCAAAUGU